AUGGGAAGCGUUGAUGGUCUUUCCGAGCUAGCUGAUCCUGUGUUCGCGGAGGACUGCAAGGUCGAUGCUGGCGAACCUUCACGCUCUUUACAGUACCAUUUAAUCCAAAUGAAGAGCAGAGCAGAAUUGAAAGAAACAACUCUACCAUCGCCCUCUAGCAGCGAGGAUAACCGCACACUAUCCUGCCACCUCUGUCCCGAAAAACAAUACACCGGAACAUGGGCCCACCGCAAUCUAAGUCGACACAUGGAAACCACGCAUGCCCCUUGUCCCGCACCAGACGGUGUGAAACAGAUCCGUUGCAGCCACGUCAAGUGUGAGAAGACGUUUAACCGCAAAGACGCUCGGCUGGUCCAUGAGAGGAAGAGUCAUCCUGACUUGAACCGGUCGCCGCCGAUGAAACGGAAGAGAUCUGAGGAUCUGUAG